AAUAGAGGGAGACUGUACACACCGUAGCAUCAGUAUGUGACUGCUGGUGCCUGAUAACACUGAUAUCAAGCUCCUUCAGUGGACAACUUGCUGAGGUACCUUUCUUCAUUUGCAAGUGGAUGCCAGCUCUAAUCCAGUGCAACUGGCAACAGACUGGACGUUGGAAUAGAACGUUUCACUUAAAUUACGUUCCUUAUGUUCUGCAUCUCUGAAGAAAGGCUUAUUACGGAAGACAAAAAUACGUCCUGUCCCCUUAGCUCACAUAGUACUGAUGAUAUACAGAGUUUGAUCUUCCAGUGAAAGCUGCUGAAUUGCCAGGCUUCUGAUAUCUUCAGUGGAGACUCAUAAGACUCUUCGGCAGAAAACAUUUCUAAGCUCUAGUUGAUGACGAAGUGAGCUGCACAACAAAUUCAAGGCCAGAAGACAAAAAGGCAGCUGAGGUAGUAGUUCUUUGGAAGAAUUAAGACAACAGUGUCUUUGAGGUGUUGCGAAAUGAGCAGAGAAUGAAUUUUGUUUGAAGUAAGCUAAGAGGAGAAGCACAGCCGUCUGGCUAGAGCAGUGAUCUGGACCCCAAGAAGAAGAUGAAAAUUCACUGGUGCAGUUUGUUUUGUGGGAUGCAAAGGAGAACUAAAUAAGAAGCAACAACCUUUUCCUCUCUCAAAGGACUUAAGCACACACAGAAUGUCUAAUGGAGCAGCUGCAGUGGCAGGUGUCAUUCUGGAGAUGUGAAGGAUGAAAUUAAUUUGAAAUAGCUAAAGCACCAGUAGGUUUGAUUUGGCAAGUCAUUUGGAAAAGGAGGAGUGGAGAAGUGCCCUGUAACCACUGAACAAUAGAAAAUGGCCGGCUGUGGAACUCUAUUGUGAAGACCUCAGAAGAAAUACCAAUUUUUCCAGUAAGCUUUUCAUAAUGUAAAUAUAAUCUGAGCUUUUCCAAAUGGGCAGCUAAACCAUGAGCAAGCAGAAAAACCCAUUUUGGACUGUAUUUCUGAACCAGGCUUCACCUUGUUUCUCGGGAACUUAUUAAAGGAUUACAACUCAAAAGACAAGAGAAAGAAAACCUUGAACAGGAAGCUUAUCCUACAAUGAGAAUUACAAGUACAUCUUGUAUCUGCCCAGUCCUAGUUUGUCUCUGUUUUGUGCAGAGGUGUAAUGGAGCUGCUCACCAUGGCUCCAUCAAGGUGACUAGAAAUCAAACCAAACACAUAGAAGGCGAAACAGAAGUACAUCAUCGUCCCAAGCGUGGAUGGGUGUGGAAUCAGUUCUUUGUUUUAGAAGAACACAUGGGACCAGAUCCUCAGUAUGUAGGAAAGCUGCACUCCAAUUCCGACAAAGGUGAUGGAUCAGUCAAAUACAUUCUUACUGGAGAAGGGGCAGGGACUAUCUUUAUUAUUGAUGACACGACUGGAGACAUCCAUUCAACCAAAAGCCUAGAUCGAGAGCAGAAGACGCACUAUGUGCUUCAUGCCCAAGCUAUUGAUAGACGGACAAACAAGCCACUCGAGCCUGAAUCUGAAUUUAUUAUCAAAGUGCAGGAUAUCAACGACAAUGCACCAAAAUUUACAGAUGGACCAUACAUUGUUACUGUGCCAGAGAUGUCUGAAAUGGGUACAUCUGUUCUACAGGUGACAGCCACAGAUGCAGACGACCCUACAUAUGGAAACAGUGCCAGAGUAGUGUACAGUAUUCUUCAGGGACAGCCAUACUUUUCUGUUGACCCUAAAACAGGAGUCAUCAGGACUGCCUUGCACAACAUGGACAGGGAAGCCAGAGAGCAUUAUUCCGUUGUCAUUCAAGCCAAAGAUAUGGCUGGGCAGGUCGGAGGGCUGUCAGGGUCAACAACUGUAAAUAUCACACUCACUGAUGUCAACGACAAUCCACCCAGGUUUCCUCAGAAACAUUAUCAACUGUAUGUUCCUGAAUCAGCUCAAGUCGGAUCAGCAGUUGGCAAAAUCAAAGCGAAUGAUGCAGACACUGGUUCAAAUGCAGACAUGAAGUACACAAUUAUAAAUGGUGAUGGCUCUGGGGUGUUCUCUGUAUCUACUGACAAAGAAACAAGGGAAGGAAUUAUUUCCCUGAAGAAGCCACUCAACUAUGAAAAAAAGAAGUCAUAUACACUUAAUAUAGAAGGAGCAAAUACUCACCUCGAUUUCCGCUUUUCGCACUUGGGGCCGUUCAAAGAUGUAACAAUGUUGAAGAUCAUUGUUGGAGAUGUGGAUGAACCUCCGCUCUUCACUAUGCCUUCCUAUGUCAUGGAAGUUUAUGAAAAUGCAAAGAUCGGGACUGCUGUUGGCACAGUAACAGCACAGGAUCCUGACAUUGCCAACAGUUUAGUGAGAUAUUUCAUUGAUCGUAACACAGAAGAAGAUAGGUUUUUCACCAUUGAUGCUAAUACUGGGACCAUUAAGACUGCCAAGAUCUUUGACAGAGAGGAGACGCCUUGGUACAACAUCACAGUGGCUGCUUCUGAGAUAGAUAAUCCUGAGCUAGUGAGCCAUGUUCAAGUUGGUGUUAGAAUCCUGGACAUCAAUGACAACCCUCCAGAGCUUGCCAGAGAGUAUGAUGUAGUCGUCUGUGAGAAUGCAAAGCCUGGUCAGGUAAUUCAGACUAUCACUGCAACUGACAAAGAUAACUCUGCAAAUGGGGCAAGAUUCCAUUUUUCCCUUGAUGAAGGGCUUUCUUUGAAUCCCAACUUUACUCUACGGGACAAUGAAGAUAAUACAGCCAGUAUCCUGACCAGACGAAGGAGAUACAGUCGAACCACUCAAGAUACCUAUUACCUCCCAGUUUUGAUUUCUGAUGGUGGAGUGCCCCCUCUCAGCAGCAGCAGUACUCUCACAAUUAGGGUUUGUGCCUGUGAGAGAGAUGGACGAGUGAGAACUUGCCAUGCUGAAGCUUUCCUCUCCUCAGCUGGCUUGAGCACAGGAGCUUUAAUCGCAAUCCUGCUCUGUGUUGUCAUUCUUCUUGCAAUUGUGGUCCUUUUCAUCACUCUAAGACGCAGCAAGAAGGAGCCGCUGAUCAUUUCAGAAGAAGACGUCCGGGAAAAUGUUGUGACAUAUGAUGAUGAAGGCGGUGGAGAAGAAGACACAGAAGCAUUUGACAUCACAGCACUGAGGAAUCCAUCAGCUGCUGAGGAGCUAAAAUACCGGAGGGAUGUUCGUCCUGAAGUGAAGCCUGUGCUCAGGCAUCAUGCCUCCUCAAGCCUUGACAGUAUAGAUGUUCAGGAAUUCAUUAAACAAAGACUGGCAGAGGCUGAUCUGGACCCCAGCGUGCCCCCGUAUGACUCCCUACAGACAUAUGCCUAUGAGGGUCAUAGAUCGGAAGCUGGAUCUAUUAGCUCUCUGGAUUCAGCCACAACACACUCUGACCAGGAUUAUAAUUACCUUGGAGACUGGGGACCUGAGUUCAAGAAGCUAGCUGAACUCUAUGGGGAAAUAGAAUCAGAAAGAACAACUUAGUUGUAAUUCCCAGAACCAAGAAGUUCCUAAACAACUGGAGAUACAAUGACAGCAGUGGUAACAAAAAACGAAUACAGUACUUGCAACUGAGCAAGUUGUAUGCAGUUACUGUAGAACAAGUGCCCUUUUCAUAUUUGAAACUGGGUUCUCCAAUUGAAAGAAAGUCAAAUUCUGAAAAAUACAGAAAAAAGAAGCUGUUUGUCCCUUGUGUAUAUUUUUUAAUUGCUCAAUAAAGUCUGUGGUACCGUAUCUGUAACAAUACCUAAAGUAAAGCCAAGCAAUGACAUUUUUAUUGCAAUAUGCUUAACAUCUCCAAGCUACAGUAAGUUUAUGGUCAUGCCAGUUUAGGAAGAUAGCUAACGGAGGAGCAAACCUCUUGCAGGUGGUUGUGAUAUUGCAUUUCUAGCUGUGCUCUAGCCUUGUGAUCCCAAUGUGAGGUAGCCAAUGGGGUUUACUAUCAGUGUGAGAAGUGCUAAGUCUUUUUCCUUUACAGAAGGGAUAAACCACACCUGUCCUCUUAAAUGGUCCUUUGAUGAUUUAAUCUUACUGAAUUAGCAAGUUUCAUUGAGAUGAUAUUUUUUCAUUAUGUCCUUCAUAAUCUUUUCAUCCACAACCAGCUAACAGUGGGAGGACAUCAUUAGCUGGUAGCUCUAACGUGGCUCUAGCCCACAACCCCAUACCUGCUCUGUUCCUGUGUGCUAGAGGAACUGUUGUUUCCAGUGUUGUGCUUUUAUUUUCUGUCUUUUCACGGGAACAUCAUUCAUUUCAAUGGAAUGGGUCCAAAGUACUCUUUACACAGCAAAGCAGAUGAAGCAUAGGCUCUUUCAAUAAAAACAACCAUGGCAGCACCAUUAAACUAUGCAGUUGUUUGGUUCACUGUGCUUCACUAAUGUCAGUAGAUUAAGCUUUUCGAGUCUUCUGCUGUUCUGAGUCCAGGAGCUACACCAACCAAUUUAAAUCAUAGUUCUUAAUCAUCAUGUCUCUCUAUUUCCAUGUGUGAGUAAAAGCAAGAGAGCUGCUGGUAAGACGUUGGGUUAACAAAAAUUUAAACAGAGAAUAAGAUGAUGAUGGUUUUUUAGUUAAGAAAAAAAAUUUACUGAUACUUAGUUGUUCUUAAUUUUCCUAUGGGUUAAAUAGAUUUCUUAUGUUAGUAAUUUUCUGGCAUCACAGAACUACUAAACAGUUCUUAACACUGCAGGCUGUGUAGCACCUAAUCCAGCGGAUUCUUAUGGUUUUCUUUGUUUUGUUUGAAGCUUUAACGUUUUGUACCUUCAGCUCAAUAGAGAAGGGUCUGCAUUUAUUGUGUACCUAUUGUGUGAACAAGAUUACUAAGUGUUCCUUUCUCUACUGUAUGGUUGGGUAGGCCCUAGAUAUGACAACUUCUGAUUGGUUCUACUUUGAGGAUGUUCUUUUUUUAAAUUAACUGCUUCCUGAGAUGUACUUGACUGGUUUUGGUUUAAACAGCCUUCUGGAAAAAUUAGCAAGUAGGCUUAUAAAAAACUUUUCAAACUGUAAUAUGUAUUAGUUGCACUGUAGUUCCAGAAUUGGGUUUUACUAAACUGUUUGUUAGUCACUUGAAAAUUGUAAUGUUCCCCUUUCUGUCAACGUCUGAACCCACAAGACAAAUUAGAAGGGAAAAUACCCUGAACCCUAAAAUGUUCUGGUUCUGUGCGUGAUUUGAAAGUAGUUUAAUAAUCUGUGUUCAGAUUUUUAUUUAUUUAUUUUUACCAAAUACAGCGUCUUCUAGAAAUGCAUUUAAGGAGACAUUCUGAUUUUAGAAAAAAGUCAAACAGAUGCUUUAAUGCAGUAACAGUUAUACACAAGCUGAGAAUUGUUUGUGCAUUGUCUUUUUGGGGGAUAGAAUUAGGGUACGUUCCAGUUUUGUCCCAAAUGAAGUGACUAGUAGUGCAGGAUUUUAUGAGGAUAAAUUUUCUUCGGAUUUUAGAUGGCACUUGCUUUAUGUCAACAUCUAAAUUUUUAUAUUGUAUUAGUCAAGUCCUAAGAAGAAAAUGUUUCAUCAUUAGUCGUACCAUGGGCCAUAAUUAUUUGUACUGCAUCUGGAUGAAAACUGCAUCCAUUGUUACCUUUAUGUCCCUCCAAAACAGGGAAAAUCAAUUGUAUUUUCUGCUUUAAGCAGUGUUCCCACCAUUGUUUUCUUUUUAUUUGCAUCACAGAACAUUCAGACUUAAAGCCAACAGAAGUGCAGUGGCAUGAGCAAAUAAUCGCCCCUUACGCUUAUGUUCUGAUUAAGUUAAUGAGAGAAGGAGGUCAUACCUCAGAGAAAUAAGAACUCCCUUUUCACCAUUCCUGGUCGUCUCUCGGCUGCUGUACAGCAUAUGCAUCAUACCCGCAGCCCCAGGAAUCCUGAAUCCUUUAAAACUCUGCAGGGUUAUUGAGAUGCUGCUUCAGUGAUAUUACGGUGUGUCCUGUUCAGUACGUCCUGUCCACAGUGAUCGUCAAAUGUGCAUUUCUAUCAUGACGCGUUUGCAUGCUUGCUAUGCUUACUGUUUUUUACUCAAAUACACAUCACAAUGCUGUGUUGUUUGCAUGACAAAUAGCAGAAUAUUAAAUCUUCAGGGCCACAGAAAAAGGCCUCACAGUGCAGAAAGAACAGGUUUACAGAUUUCUUUCCCUAAUCCCACUGAUUUUUCCUUUGGUCUUUUGUGUACUAGAAAAAAAAAUUAUAUUUCAGAAUUUCUAUAUGAACAUUGAUUAAACUAGAAGAUUAACACUGUAUGCCAUGGAGGGCAUGAUCAUUUUAUAGCAUUGCUGAUUAAACAAAGUAUAUAUUGAGUGAAAGUAUUGUGGGAAGCUCCUAGUUCAUGGUUAAGUCUGAUUGUAUAGACUUUGCUUAAAGCUUUACUGGGUCUUUUGUGUACUCGCAUUCUCAAUUAUUUUCCUAUUAGCCUAAAUAGAAAUCCUGUUGCAGCUUAAAAACUAAGGGCUGAAAUAUGCCAGUUUUUCAAAUACUGAGUAAAGUUAAAUGGCACAUAGAAAAUGGUGCUUAAGGGCUUUCCAGUUUACAAUUUCAUUUCUGCAACAGCUAUUCAACAGGUAGUACAUUUACACCAAAUUAAUUGGGUGUAUUCCUUCAAACAAAUCCUCUUUCUUGCAAUGGUGAGGGCACUCGAUAAUCUUGACACGUCAUCUGAGAAAAUGGUCUGUAUAAGUAUUUUAAAAGGUGAAAAUACACUGGCAGCCUAAAAACAGUGAAAAUGUAAUUUAAUACACUUCAAGGAUGAUGAGGAGAUUGAAUUCAACUGGCAUUAGUUUAAUAUAUUGAAAACAAAUUAAUUUGUUUAUCAGUGUUGCCAUUUAUUACAUAUCCAUAGAAGACUGUAAAAGUUGAAAGUAAUUUCACUGUUAUGCACUUUAUUUUUUGAUUUCUUCUUAGAAAACCAAAAGAAUUGUAAAUGUUUUUGGUUUUGAAUUCUAAUUGAUGCAGUUGUUUAAGUUGUGAAUACUGCAAGAAAAUGUCUAUGUGAAAAUAUUCUCAUUGGUAUUUAAAAGGAAUUACAUAUUUCUGUGGUCUAAGGCUUUGUAAAAUAAUUCUUUAAAAAAUCUAAGUAUUGGACCAGCCUGGAAUUAAGCAAACUCAUAGUCUCACAAAAAAAGGAUAACAAAGGAAAUAUUCUAAAUGCAGAGAAGAAGAUAAAAUUAUGCUGCAUAGGGUUAUUUUGUGGACUAUAAAGUGCUAAGACCUUGUACUUGCAGUACAUAUAAAUGGCACAGUGCAUUGUAAGGAACAUAAGGAGUGUGUUGCAAGUAUUGGGCCAUCCUUAUUUUUCCAAAGUCUCCAAAAAUAUAUUUAUUUUUUUUAACGAAAGAGUAAUGUAAAGUAUACCUCCGUAUGCAAGUGUUAUUGAUAGAAAUUGUUACAUUUUCUUUUAAUAAACAAAAGGGACAAAACCUUUUAUUCGUAUUUUUCAAAUAAAAUAUGCUGUUUGCUA